AUGGCAAUAAAUUUUAAUGUUGUUUGUACAAUGUCGAUAAUAUUAAAUUUAUUCCUUGUAGCUAUGGAAGCUCAAGCAGGUGCACUUGAUGUCGUAGCUAAGUUUGGCGCAAAGGCUGACUUGAAUACAAAUUUGAGCAAGCCAUUGUUGGAUGCUUGGAAAGAAGCUUGUGCUUCACCAACUCCAACAACAAUUGUGAUUCCUGAAGGGACGUAUUUAUUAAGCCAAGCAACCCUUGAAGGUCCUUGCAAGGCUCCAAUUGAGCUUCAAGUUCAGGGCAAUAUAAAAGCACCAGCUGAUCCUAAAGGUUUUAAGGAGCCUAAAUGGGUUAGCUUUCUUCAUGUUGAGAACUUUAAAUUGUUUGGUGGAGGAGCUUUCGAUGGACAAGGGACCGCUGCUUAUAAGAGAGAAGGUUUCGAAAAACACGACUUCUGUAGUAACCUCCCCAUCAAUAUCAGGCUUGAUUUUUUGACCAAUGCAAUGAUACAAGAUAUAACUAUUAGAGAUAGCAAACAGUUCCACGCAAAUCUUUUGGGAUGCAAAAACAUUACUCUCGAACGUGUUACUGUAUCUACACCUAAAGAUAGUCCAAAUACGGAUGGGAUUCACAUCGGAAGAUUAGAUGGGGUUAAAAUUAUAAACACAAAUAUCAAAACUGGUGAUGAUUGUAUUUCAAUUGGGGAUGGUUCCAAAAAUCUGGACAUCACAGGGGUAACUUGUGGACCCGGACAUGGCAUCAGUAUUGGUAGUCUUGGAAAGUUUGCAAAUGAAGAACCAGUUGAAGGAAUUAAAGUAUCCAACUGCACCCUGACUAAUACUUCGAAUGGUGUUAGAAUCAAGACUUGGGCAGGUCAAUUUCCUGGCACUGCAUCGGAUAUUCAUUUUGAGGAUAUCACUGUAAAAAAUGUUAGUUGCCCCGUCCUAAUUGACCAGAAAUACUGCCCAUGGAAUAAAUGCAAAAUGAAUGAAGAAUCAAAUGUUAAACUAAGCAACAUCAGCUUCAAGAACAUUCAUGGUACGGCUGCGCUUCCAGAAGUUGUCAAACUCGUUUGCAGUGGUGCUUUUCCUUGUGAAAAUGUAGAACUCGCCGACAUUGACAUUACGUUUAAUGGACCGAAUGGACCUGCCAAAUCCGAAUGUAAAAAUGUUAAACCAAAUAUUACUGGCAAACAAAAUCCGGCUGCAUGUUCUACUCCUGUACCAGAAAACCCUACCCCUACGGUUUAAGUGUUGGCUUGCAAUAAAAAAAUGUGAGCGUAACUUAUGUAUCUUUUCAUUUUAUAAAUGCAUCCAAUUCAUAUUAUUUCUAAGUUAUUAAGAAAUAUUUAUAUUAAUUUUUUUAAAGAACAAUAUACGUUAAAAGAAAGAGAAACAACACGUAUGUGGUAACAUUUUAA